AUGAAGAUACUUGAACAGGUGUUUAUUAAAAACGUCGUGUUGUAUCUCGAAACCAAAGAAGAUGUAAUUAACUUGAUCUUAGUCAAUAAAACAAUGACAGAAGCUAUCAACACUAUGUACAUUAAUCCUUACAAGCUGACAACAAAAUGCUCAAUCCAGGAAGUACUCCAACUCUUCCCAGCACUCCAAACUUUGUAUUUAUACAGUGGAAACUCUUCAAAUUUGAAUAACGACGAUUUAAAGUCGCAAUUGGAAAAAUUUCCAAUCAUUGAUUUGAACUUGGAUGGAUACUACGAAAAUACAAAAGGAAAAAAAAUAGAGAAACACCCACUUUUCAACAUCAGAAACAUUUUUCAGAAAAUAAGAAAGUUGCGUGUGAAUGUGGAACAGAUCAAAGCAAGAAAUUUUAAUUUAGAAGCAUGUAAACAACUCACUUCAAUUACAGUUAUUGAGCACAACAACAAAAUUGAUAGUGCCGAGGUAAUGAGUCGUAUCGCAAAACACAAGACGUUGAAAACAGUAGUUUUAAUACUCACAUGUACCAACGCAUUGGAAUUGAUAAAGAGAGUCAACUUUAGUGAACACAUGCAAACGAAUUACAAGCUUAUAGUGAUAGCUUCACAAAAAAUUGUUAAAGAACCAAAUUACAUAAAUUUUACACAACUUCCUGAAAACGUCAAAGUGUACACCACGUAUAUUUCUAAAAAUACAAUCGAACAGAACAUCGAUUUUGUACCUCUGACAAAAUGUGUUGUGACACAACUAGACUGCGGAAUCAAAAUUAUGAAAGACGUUGGAAAUCAUGUGGACUAUGUGACGGAUAUACUACAAAAGUGUUUGACUAACAAAGUGCGAGUUGCUUCAUUUGGCAAACACAAAUACACAGAAGUUAAUGAUUAUGCAGACAGACAAAUCAACACCCUUGAUUUAAGUCAAUGUGAAACAAUAAGCGAAAUUGAAAUUAAAAAUGUCCACCAUUGCGUAAUAACUGUUCCAAAUAGGGCAAGAAAUAUUUUUAUCCAGCAUGUGAACAAAGACACGACAAUAGAAAUGGCUAACUGUCGUCCAAGUGUUUUAAAUAUUUUUUAUUGUAAGGCGGACAUGUCUUGUAUUAAUGAUGACAAUAUAAAAGAGCUUUGGAUCGAUUCUUUAGAUACUAUUCAAUUUAAACAUAAAAAUCAAAUCAUCGGACACAAAUAUGUCGUCAACUUGGACAUCGUCAAGACGUAUAUAGUUCAAAACUACUCAACUCCUCAUGAAUUUGUUUUAGAAAAGGGUGGCAAAGUAAUUACAAGUUUUAGUGUUGGUGUCUUUGAAAUGGAAUAUCCUCUUAAAUUACAAAUUGAUAUUCCUGGCUCUCUUAUUGAUCUAACACAAAUACCAUUAAAUGAGUUCACUAUUUAUAACGACCAGGAAGAGUUACUAGAAUUUGAUAAUCCAGUAAAACUUGGAGAUGUCAAGGAUGUUUCAAUAAGUGGUGUUUGUUUGAAUGAUUUAAGUGUUGGAAAUGUCAAUUCCAUUUCAUUGAGUGUGGUGAAAAUACGGAAGUUCAAAAUUAUAAGUGCAAAAUAUUUUAGCAUUCAAGAAUCGACACUCAAUAUAGAAAAUUUGGAAUUCCUUUAA